AGAUCAAUAAUAGGGACAUAAUGGUUAUCUCUGAUUACAGCAUCAAUCAAUAUAUGUAAUUGCUUUUAAAUUUGUUCUUGACAUUUCUGAAUCAAUAAAGAAAAAUGCCUGGAAAAGGAGGAUCUGAUGAAACAGAAACCAAAAAAGAACUUUCAAAACCUACAGAUGAAUCAACAAAGCUAAAUGGAACCUCACUGGUACAGGGUCAAGCAUCACCGCUGACGUCAAAAGGAAGAGGACCAACAGGGAUUGUUACCGUGUUUCGUUACGCAAUGAAUGGAAUUGAGGAAGUAUGGAGAAAAUGUACACAAGAUGUUGUUGCUAGCUCUUUAUCAACAUACACUGAAGUACUUGCAAGAUGUGUCCGAGAUUUUCACGGAUUUCAUGUGUCGUCUCAUGAAGAUCAAGCGUUGAUGGUUUUCCAACAACCAUGGGAUGCUUUGAACUGCUGCCUGACAAUUCAAACUGCGUUUGUUGCCACUAAAUGGUCAGAAUCAGUAAUGGCCUGUCCGGCUUGUACCAGGGUGGAAGAACCAAGAGGGCUUGCUGGUAGAACAUUGGUCUUUAGUGGGCCAAGGAUACAAGUUGGUGUAACAAGAGGUAAAGUUGAUGCAGAUUAUGAUUUUGCCGCAGCCAGAACAAAAUACUCUGGAAAUGAACUUGAUAUUGCUGUAGGAAUUGCUAAACUUGCUAAAGGCGGGCAAAUUCUAGUCAACACUGCUGCAUGGUCUGAGGUCCAGAGAUCUCAGUUAUCUCCCUGCAUUAAUAAUGACACUGGAAGACAUAGGAUUGAAAAAAGUGAAAAGAAACAGAGACUUUAUGAGGUUCUUCCUUCAGCCUUAGCAGAACGAUCCAAAUGGUUUGGAACAACAUGCAGCAACUGUGGAGAUAAAAUAAGACCUGAUCAAGGAUAUAUUAAGGCUCUUGGAAGACACUGGCAUCUGAAGCAUUUCAGAUGCUGUCACUGUAACAAUCCAUUGAUGGACUCGUAUAUUGUUAAAGACGGAAUGCCAUAUUGUCUUGACGAUUUUUUCACCCUACAUGCACGUACUUGCCAUGGUUGUGACACCAUAAUAACAGGAUCCUACAUUGAAGCAAUGUCCAACUUCUGGCAUCCUAACUGCUUUGUGUGUCAGAAAUGUCGUAGAGCACCUGAAGGAAAUGAAAAUAUCUACGAAUUGAAUGCCCUGCCGUUUUGUUUAAAGUGUUAUCAUGAAGUCUCGAGCUCAGUGAAUUCAGCUCGAAUCAAAGCCCAGCAGAAACAGCCAAUGAGACCGGAAGAAGUCACAAAGCAUAGAGCAAUUAUCAAAUCGUGAAAGUAUAGAUAAACGUUUAAACUUCGUCAAAAAACAUUUUAAAAUUUUCAUAAUAUGCACAAAUUACACAUUAUACUGAGAUUGGUCAAAGUAUGAUAGUUUCCAAACCAGUGCUGUCGAGAGUCAAAGAUGAAAGCUGUUUUUUUUUUCAAUUGCUUGUUCGUCGUUUGUUGUGGAGUCCCCGGUUUCACAGACCUGGUUUUGAACUUAAAAGUAAAUAAAGUUAUGGAUAAAUCAGGGUACCAGAAGCUAAAUUUUGACAAACCACUUUGCAGUUGGUGGAGAAAUAGAAAUUGUUUUUAAAUAACCCACAAUUCACAGUGGGUUUAAAUUAUUCCCCACACAGCCCAUCUUCAAAAUAUACCAAAGAACAUUGUUAUGCCUGAAUCUGGCAGUAGAUUCUAUUAGCGAUGACAAUUAGAGGUCAAAAUUGUUUGUAUCCGUUAACCACAACCGAAUAACACCGUUUAAAAGUAUUGGAGUUACGGUGAAAUGCUACUUAAGCAUGUAUAGGCCGACACUUUUUAUUAGCAUUUACUGUUAAAAAGCGUCAGUCAUUAAUUGUUUACCUAGCAUUUCAUCAUAACUUCAAUACUGCUAAAGAAACGUCAGUUGUUGAAGUAGAAUUUCGUGCAUUCAUUCAUUAUUUUGCAGGUCCCCUAAAAAUCCUUGUCAGUUUUUUGCAGGUCAUUCGUUUGCCACCUCUGCUAUAGUCCAUAGUCUCCUUCCACAGACUGAAUUGUGAACCAAAAGUUCAUCAUUUACCAUACGAUUAAGCCACCUUAUCAGCUUUUCUCUCCCCCCCAGAGGUAAAUGAAACAAAAUUUGUUUCUGAAAAUAUACAAAACCAGUGUAUAUGCUUUCCUGUCUUCAUUAUUUUCAUGAAAUUCUUUUGAAAAUAUUUUAUUUAUAUAUAUUGACUUUGAAUUUUGGUGCUUUAUAACCAUUUUAAACCAAAGCAUAUAACUAUAUAUAACCCAAAUUCUUUACAAUUUGUUCAAAUAUAUUUUUUUUGUUCAUCAUUGUGUCUAUUUCUUUACUUUUUAUCACUUUCAUUACCAAUUUUAUGAAUCAAAUUUGUAAAACAUAUAAGCAUGUAUCAUGUAUUUUUGAACAAGAGAAAAUGCUCAAAUAUGUAGAAAAAAAGGUUGUUUCGUUGUCUAUUUCAGCACUUGCUUAACGAAAUCAAUUGUAAAGAAAUCCAAUUGGUGUGAAGAUUUUUCAAAUUGGCAAAAUUUUGGGUAAAACCUACACCCUUUUUGGGCCCAGAAAAAUUUUAAAAAAAGUUUAAAAUCGUGUAACCCUUUCCCUUCUUUCUUCUGUUAUAUUGAUUACAUCUAAUACUAAUUGAUUUCUAAUAAAUUCCACCAGGGUGAAUUUUUUUAAAUCGGCUAAAUUUUGAUUAUAACAGUUGCACUCAAGAAAUCUAUGGUAUAUAUUGAAAAUAUAAGAAAUGGAACUGCUUAUCGAAUUUGAGAAUGGCUUUCAAUAAUUUUAUAAUAGUUCUACUUUUAUAUCGGAUAGUAAAGCAAUUUUGUCCCACAAUAAGGUACUUCCGAAAAACAGUGGAUAAUUCCAUUUCAUGUCCAGUGUUCAUGAAUCAAUAAGCUAUAAAACAUUACAUAAUUAGGUAACAUCUGAGCUAUUAUUAUUUUGGGGCUUCUUCUCAUGGCUGCCUGGGUCCUGUUGGUAUAGCCUAAAUUUUUUUAUUUUUGUAAAAAAAAUGCCCCACACCACAUAGUUAUUUUCUGGCGGUUUUGAGUUUGAGCUAUGUAUGUUUAAGUGACGGUGGUCUGCCAUUAACAAUGUGUCUGUACAUUUUUGUAUUUUUUUUAUUCUCACUAAAUAUAUCUUCACAUCAAGCAACUAGUAAUCUUCCAAAGAAUGUCAUUUUUAUCUCGGAGAAUCAUUAUUUGAAAAAAAUUUAAAAGGGUAGAAAUAUUUGCACUCUUAUGGCGCCAUAUUGAACUAUGCAUUUGGAAAUCAGGGUAAUAAAUAGUGUUAAAAAUUAUUUGUAAAUUUAACUUGUAUCAUGUUAACAUUUCUUCUAUACAUCUAAAUGCAUUUGCAUUCAUUUUCACUUUGGUAUGGGAUGUUUCAAAUCACACAAGGACAAAUUUUGACAUUGCACUCGACUGACAGUGUGCACAUCUUGUGCAGCUACAGUGGUAGGACAUUCAGAAAUGAGUCUCCUUUGAUCCUGAUUAAGUGCAUAUGGCCUUGCUUUGAGCAAAUAUAUUUCCUUUCAUGGCAUAUUUGACUUUUCCCAUUCCUGGCUCUGGGCUAUCUGGUCCUAGAUUUUGGAUUAGACAUAUAACUGAGCUGUCGUUCUGAUGUGACAUAUAAAUUAAGCAAGCCCUCAAAAUCCAAAAUCGAGUAAAAGUUCCUAAUUAUUGUGGGUUUUUUGCUCUUGAUUUAUUUCAAAUAAAAAUUGAUUAUUUUAUUAAUUUCGCAAAACUUUUCUUGCACAAUCCUUGUAAAUAUUUCUGAAUGAGAUUUUACUUUUCUUGUUAUUUUCUUGAUGGAGAUGUUUUUGUUUUGUUCCAAAACGUACUUUUUUUUAGGUUUUCUCUAAUUUGCAUAAAUCUGCAAUUUCAUCACUCUACCCCAGCUGUCUAUUAUUUGGCAACGCGUAUUCGACCUAAAUAUGUCGUCUGAAUGCAGCAGUUUUACUUGUUUUUUGGAAUGGCAUGUUCGUCGUUAAAACGUGACAGUGAACACAAAAUGGUCUCAAAAAUGAUGUAUGAAAUAGGUUAGAUAGUCGUACCCCAAAUAUAGUUCACUUCAGCUUCUUGUCGUGAGAUCUACCACGAGCUAGUACGGAGUUUCCCAAAUUUUUUGGGCCGCGGGUCCCUGUUUGUGAAUCUUAUUUUUGACGAAUCCCCAUCCUAUGUUGUAUCAAUUUCUGUUCUUAACCAACAAGGAAUGAUAAUGUUUGCUUUGAUGAAAUAAAACUGAUGAAAGUCUGAAUUAAUACAUAUUAACAUUAAAUACUGGUAGGCUAACGGCAAUUCGAAGAAAUUAUGAUCUAUUUGUACAUAUUUCAGAUUCUUUUCGUAUCACUGCGGACCCUCUGUAUAGUCAUCACGG